AAAAUCUUGUCAUCUGCAAGAUUAAUGUUAACUUGUAGAUUUCGCUCUCAUUUAUCAUGUUUUCAAAAGUUUUGAGACUGAAGAAUAGUCUGAUCUCAAAUCAAAGACAUAUUCGUAAAUUUUGCAAAUCUCAAACACACUUGGAUCUGAAAAGAACAUGCCUGUAUGACUUCCAUGUUCAUAAUGAAGGGAAAAUGGUUCCAUUUGCUGGAUGGGAAAUGCCAGUACAAUAUAAAGCAGGAAUAACUACAGAACAUCUCCAUGUUAGAUCUGAUGCAGGUUUGUUUGAUGUCUCACAUAUGUUGCAGACAAAGAUCACAGGUGAAGACAGCAUUAGAUUUAUUGAAAGUAUGACUGUAGCCGAUGUUGAUGGAUUAAAAGAAAAUCAGGGAACUUUGAGUGUAUUUACUAAUGAUUCUGGUGGUAUAUUAGACGAUUUAAUCAUCAACAAGACAACUGAUGGAUAUUUAUAUGUGGUAUCUAAUGCUGGAUGUGCAGAAAAAGAUCUAAAAAAUAUGUUGACUCAAGCUGAACUAUUUAGAAAUGCAGGUGGAGAUGUAGAUGUAGAAAUUAUAUGUAAUGGUUUAUUGGCACUACAAGGUCCAUCUGCUGGUAAGGUGAUGCAGGAAGCUGUUGACUUUGAUAUGAACACUUUACCAUUCAUGACAAACAGACAAUGUAGUGUGUAUGGUAUAUCUGAUUGUAGGGUAACACGGUGUGGUUAUACUGGUGAAGAUGGUGUGGAGAUAUCAGUUCCUUCUGACAAAAGUGUGGAGCUAGCAAUAAGACUGAUGAAUUCAAAAGAAGGAAAAGUCAAAUUAAUAGGUCUUGGAGCAAGAGAUAGUUUACGACUAGAAGCUGGUCUAUGUUUAUAUGGCAAUGACAUUGAUGAGACUACAAGUCCUGUAGAAGCUGCAUUGAUGUGGACCAUUGGAAAAAGAAGAAGACAAGAUGGGGAUUUCCCUGGAGCACUUACCAUAUUAGAACAGAUAAAACAGAAGCCAAAGAGAAAAAGAGUAGGAGUUAUAUCUGAAGGUCCACCGGCUAGAGGUGGAACAAAAAUAUAUAAUAAAUCAGGUACUGAACAGAUUGGAGAGCUAACAAGUGGAUGUCCUUCACCUUCAUUAAAAAAGAAUGUAUCAAUGGGUUAUGUGGAAACUGCAUUUUCUAAAGUUGGAACUGGUGUUCAGCUUGAAGUACGAAAGAAGAUGGUGCAAGCUACUGUGUCAAAAAUGCCAUUUUUGAAGUGCAAUUAUUUUACUGGCUUGUGAUGAGAAUUAUUCUGGUCAUUUAGGUAUCUGUACCAUAACUGACCACAUGAUUAUUUAAAACACCUGGUUGCUCUUUGUAUGCAAACAUGACUGCAGCAAGCAUCAGAAAUAUUCUAUAACUCAUUUCAUAUGGUAAAUUUCUUCAGAUGGUUUUUAACGGGUUUUAACAUUAUUUCAUACUCAGGAAUAUUUCAUUUUUGUCGAGCCUGCGACUUUUGUCGCAGAAAGCUCGACAUAGGGAUAGUGAUCCGGCGGCGGCGUUAGCUAACUUCUUAAAAGUUUUAUAUUUUAGAAGGUGGAAGAUCUGGAUGCUUCAUACUUUGUAUAUGGAUGCCUCAUGUUACGAAAUUUCCGUCAGUCACAUGUCCAAUGUCCUUGACCUCAUUUUCAUGGUUCAGUGACUACUUGAAAAAAAAGUUAAGAUUUUUUGUAAUGUUAAAUUCUCUCUUAUUAUAAGUAAUAGGAUAACUAUAUUUGGUAUGUGCGUACCUUGCAAGGUCCUCAUGCCCGUCAGACAGUUUUCACUUGACCUCGACCUCAUUUCAUGGAUCAGUGAACAAGGUUAAGUUUUGGUGGUCAAGUCCAUAUCUCAGAUACUAUAAGCAAUAGGUCUAGUAUAUUCGGUGUAUGGAAGGACUGUAAGGUGUACAUGUCCAACUGGCAGGUGUCAUCUGACCUUGACCUCAUUUUCAUGGUUCAGUGGUUAUAGUUAAGUUUUUGUGUUUUGGUCUGUUUUUCUUAUACUGUAUGCAAUAGGUUUACUAUAUUUGGUGUAUGGAAUGAUUGUAAGGUGUACAUGUCUAGCUGGAAGGUGUCAUCUGACCUUUACCUCAUUUUCAUGGUUCAGUGGUCAAAGUUAAGUUUUUGAGUUUUGGUCUUUUUUUCUAAUACUUUAUUCAAUAGUUCAACUAUAUUUGGUGUAUGGAAAUAUUUUAUGAUCUAUAUGUCAGUCACGCAGGUGUCAUCUGACCUUUACCUCAUUUUCAUGGUUCAGUGGUCAAAGUUAAGUUUUUGAGUUUUGGUCUUUUUUUCUAAUACUUUAUUCAAUAGUUCAACUAUAUUUGGUGUAUGGAAAUAUUUUAUGAUCUAUAUGUCAGUCACGCAGGUUUUAUUUGACCUUGACCUCAUUUUCAAGGUUCAUUGCUCAGUGUUUAGUUUUUGUGUUUUGGUCUGUUUUUCUUAAACUAUAAGCAAUAGGUCAACUAUAUUUGUUGUAUGGAAGAAUUGUUAGCUGUACAUACCUGCUGGCAUGGUUCAUCUGACCUUGACCUCAUUUUCAUGGUUCAGUGGUCAAAGUUAAGUUUUUGAGUUUUGGUCUUUUUUUCUAAUACUUUAUGCAAUAGUUCAACUAUAUUUGGUGUAUGGAAAUAUUUUAUGAUCUAUAUGUCAGUCACGCAGGUUUCAUUUGACCUUGACCUCAUUUUCAAGGUUCAUUGCUCAGUGUUAAGUUUUUGUGUUUUGGUCUGUUUUUCUUAAACUAUAAGCAAUAGGUCAACUAUAUUUGUUGUAUGGAAGAAUUGUUAGCUGUACAUGCCUGCUAGCAUGGUUCAUCUGACCUUGACCUCAUUUUCAUGGUUCAUUGUUGGUCAAUGUUUAGUUUAUUUGGUUAAUGUUAAGUUUAUGUGACAGUUGUAAUAAAGCUUUAUAUUUAGGACUAUCAACAUAAUAUCAAUGAUUAGUAAAGAAGGCGAGACAUUUCAGCGUGUGCACUCUUGUUUAAAAAAAGGUUUAACAUAUGUUUAGAUUAAUUUUUUUUUAAAUAUCAAAUUAAUUUGUAAAAACAAAAUAUAAAUGUUAAACCUCUUUUUGUAUUAUGGUCAAGAUACCUAAAUGAUAUGUCACUUUAGACAUUGUUAUUUGAAAAUUAAGAUUUAUGAUAUUUAAAACCUAUUAUCUUCAUGGAUAUGAGUUACCAUAUGUCAAUUUAACCUUUGUCAUUUGAGUGUUUAGAAUGUGAUGUCUAUAUGGACAUUUAAAACAUAAUGUUCUUAUAUGUAUUUAAAACCUGAUAACUUUUUAGUGUUCCAGCUUGAAUCUCAGAAGGGUGCUGGUUGACAGAAUGGGCACUUGAGAGCAAUCAACCAGGUUAUUAGGGCAUUGUUGAACAUUGUAAAUGACGUGGAAUAUGCAUUAACUUCAGAAAAUGUACUAUAUAAUUUAACAUUUCUUAUGACUUCCUUUCUUUCUAUUACUAGCUUAAAAAUAUGUAAUCUGGGUGGUACCUUUGCUGGACAAACAUCGCAAGUGUUAUUCUAAAUUAAAUUUUUGACAAUAUUGUCAUCAUGUUAUUUUAGUUGUUUGUUUGUUGAUAUUCUUUGCCACUACCAUUUAGUACAAUUUCAUGAUAGUCAUUUCUAUAGCACUUGAUCAAUUAUGAAAACCUGCACCCCUAUACAUGACAUUUUUGCAAAAUUUUUGCCUUAUCCUACCUUGUCCCUUAUAACUUAGCUUAUUUCAUCCAAAUCACAAUUAAAUACUCUCAGUGUUGGUUUUUUGAUAAUUUAUUUCUGAAAUGCUUGAAAAACCCAUGUUUGUUUGACAUUUAUGAACAUGCCUUAAAAAUAGUUGAAAUUUAAGAUGCAGUAUUACUGUAAUAUUCAGUAGAUCUUAUGCAGAGAAUGUUUAUUGAAUGAAUACAGCAUUAAGUGAGCUUCCAUGUAUUUAAAAUGUUGCACAAAAUGUGAAUAAAUUGUGUGGUGUUGAAGUAUUGUGUAUGACUGUUCAAUGAUAUUAUUAUAAGUUUGCACAUACUUUUUGUAAAAUAAAUUUUAAAUUACAUCUUAA